AGCCUAUCGGCGGACUCAUCCCGGGUUUGGCCGGGCAGCAGCAGCGUCGGAGCAUUUUGUUCUAAACAAAGUAGGACUCUCCCCGCAGAGGCCGAAUGACACUAAUGGACUGAACGGCUCUUCGUUUUUGUGUGUUUUCUCUGGAUUUCUAAAACAUCUAGUGUAAAGCUCGCAGAAAUGGCUCCUGGAUAAAGGACGGAAUAUUCUAGAAACACCGUGGACUGCGGGGUUUCGAGUGCGGCCAGGAGCGCAGCGGCCCGCGGCCGUGGAGGAGCUUAGCAGCUGGGCGAAGCAGAAGGAAUCACCCGCUAUUGUGUGUUAAGACGGAUUUACCGCCCCGUCCCCAUCCCUUACUUACUCGCCUUCCUGAUUCUGUUCUGGGAGAGUUCAGACCAGUAUCAUCGCCAAGAUAGCCGGGCCAGGCAGGAAGAGACACACCUCAGAUCCAGACCCCAGCAGCGGUAGUGAUUCCGGCGACGGGCGGCCUGUUAGUGCCAAGUGCCUGAAGAUGGCCAGCAGUGGUGGAGGAGGUGGCGUGGCUGGUAGUGAGACUGUGGGCCGUCGCGGCGGGGCUCAGCAGAGGGGAGGCGGCGGCGGCAGGGAAAACGGCUCCGACCAGUCCUCCAGUAAGAAGAAGCAGAAGGACAGGGCCAAUCAGGAGAGUCGAGAGGCCAAAAGGGCGGCAGCAGCAGCUGCUGCUGCUGUGGACGGAGUUAUAGCAGAGGUCAAGAAAGAUCUGUUUGUGGAUUGGAGGCAGAAUGUCAAUGAAGUGACGGUGAGGCUGCGCUGUGGGGAAGGAGUGCAGAGGAUAGAGGACAUCAACACCACCUUCACUGACACACACUGCAACGUGUCCUUCCCAGAUGGACGGCAAUGGAGCUGCCAGUUGCAGGAGGAAAUUGAGGCCUCAUGUAGUCGAGUCCAGUACAAGGAAAAGGGUGGAUUCCUGCAUCUCAUCAUGCACAAGAAGAUUCCCUUUCACAUCUGGCCUUCUCUUAAGUCCAACAAGAAGGAGAAGGAGGCGGCACCCACAGAGACUAAAAACGACUCAAAGCCCAUUGCCUUGGAAUCAUCUGAGAAACCCAAACUAUCCUCACCUCAGCCUCCAUCUUCACCUGCACACAGCACAGAGUCCAGACGCAGCGGUGGCAAAGCUGAGCGAGGCGUGAAGCGCUGCCUGAAGAACAAACCAGCGUCCGACAAGACCACUACGGACUCCGUCGGGGUGAAAACCGGAGCCGGAGACGCCUCAGCAGCCGCCACCAGCAAGCCUGUUAACGUCGCGGGAGGCGAGCAGCAGCAGCAGCCUCAGGAACCCAGCGCCAAGCGCCCCAUCGUACGGCCGCCCAAGACCACCAAGGAGGCGGCAUCACCAGCCGACAGGGAUGCCGCCUCUGUCAAGUCUACAGCAACUAACGAUAAAGCGCCCGCUGGUCGGAGCCCUCAGACGCAACGCAGGGAUGGAGACAACCGAGCAGAAAAAGGUCCAGGAGUAGCUGCUGCAGGCAACACCAACAGAACACAGCAGGAAGAGAAGCGAGACCAGUGUGCGGACACAUCUGGAGCUACAGUCAGCGAUGCCCAGCCUGAAGCUCCCCUCAGCACCAGCGACUGCCUCAAACCCGUCGGCUUCAACAAGGAAGUGGACUCUGAUUCUCCCCAGAAACCGGGGGACCGAACGGACUCUGAGCCAGAGAAGAAGCCUGUUGAGCAGGAAUCGGAGCAGGAUACUCUGAUCCUCCAGCAGUCUGGAUCACUGGAGGCGGCACCGGUACCGGCUGCCGGCGUGACUGAAAAACAAAACCAGUCAGCCAGUCUAACGCAGAACCAGAGCAGCUGCGACGAGGAGGAGAAACGGGACCAGUCGAAGGAAGAACCGUCGCUGGAGAUGAAGCAGCAGGAAGCCCCAGAGCCGAUGGUGAACCUGCAGUUUGUCAAGAACGACUCGUACGAGAAGGGAACGGACCUGAUGGUGGUCAAUGUUUACAUGAAGGGCAUCUGCAGGGACACGGCCAGAGUCAUCUUCAGGGAACAAGACUUCACCCUCAUCUUUCAGACGAGCGACGCGAACUUCCUGCGGCUCCAUUCGGACUGUGGACCAAACACAGUCUUCAAGUGGCAAGUCAAACUCAGGAACCUGAUCCAGCCUGAACAGUGCAGCUACUCCUUCACCCCGUCCCGCCUGGACAUCACCCUGAAGAAGAGGCACAGUCAGCGCUGGGGAGGUCUGGAGGCUCCGGCCACACAAGGUGCAGUGGGUGGCGCCAAGGUUGCCGUGCCCUCCAGUCCUGCCUGCAUGGAGAAAAGUCAGCCGGGCAGCAGCCAGCACAGCCUCCCGGCCAAAGAGGAGCCUCCGAGGGUUGGGGAGGAGAAACCCAAGGCCCCCAAGGCUUCACCCAGAGUGGAGGACGGGGGUCUGGACACCGUGGCUCCUCGUACCGUCUCCGAGCACGUCGCCAUCACCAAGCCAGAGCCCGCUGUUACCGCGCUGAAACCUACCUGCAUGGUCCAGCCCAUGACCCACGCACCUCCCGCCAGCAACGAGCGCCACGAGGAAGAGGAAGAGAAGAAGGUGUGCCUGCCUGGUUUUACAGGAUUGGUCAACCUGGGCAACACCUGCUUCAUGAACAGCGUCAUCCAGUCCCUGUCCAACACCAGAGAACUCAGGGAUUACUUUCACGAUCGAGCAUUUGAGGCAGAGAUCAAUUGCAAUAAUCCACUGGGAACAGGAGGUAGGCUCGCCAUCGGCUUUGCUGUGUUGCUCAGGGCCCUUUGGAAGGGAACACAUCAUGCCUUCCAACCCUCCAAACUCAAGGCGAUCGUGGCCAGUAAAGCAAGUCAGUUUACAGGCUACGCCCAGCACGACGCCCAGGAGUUCAUGGCGUUCCUGCUGGAUGGACUCCACGAGGACUUGAACCGCAUCCAGAAUAAACCGUACACGGAGACGGUCGAUUCCGACGGACGGCUCGAUGAAGUUGUGGCUGAGGAGGCCUGGCAGAGGCACAAGAUGAGGAACGACUCCUUCAUAGUGGACCUCUUCCAAGGCCAGUUUAAAUCCAAGCUUGUUUGCCCCACAUGCUCCAAGGUGUCUAUCACCUUUGACCCCUUCCUCUACCUGCCCGUCCCGUUGCCCCAGAAACAAAAGGUGCUCUCAGUUUUCUACUUUGCGAAGGAACCUCAUAAAAAACCCAUCAAGUUUUUGGUGAGCGUGAGCAAGGAGAACUCCAGCACCACUGAAGUCCUCGAAUCCAUCUCCAGGAGUGUGAGGGUCAAACCAGAGAACCUCAGACUGGCAGAGGUGGGAAAGAACCGCUUCCAGCGUAUGUUCCUGCCGUCCCAUUCUCUGGACACAGUGUCCUCCUCUGACAUGUUGUUCUGCUUUGAGGUGCUUUCCAAAGACCUGGCCAAAGAGAGAGUGGUCUUACUCAGAGUGCAGCAGAAACUCCAGGUUCCCAACAUCCCCAUCUCAAAAUGUGCCGCCUGCCUGAAGCCUCCAGUGUCUGAGGAGGACAAGCUGAAGAGGUGCACUCGGUGCUAUCGCGUGGGCUACUGCAAUCAAGUGUGUCAGAGGAACCACUGGCCCAAUCAUAAAGGUCUUUGUCGACCCAACACAGAGAACGUUGGUUUGCCUUUCCUGGUCAGCGUACCAGAGUCUCGACUCUCCUACUCCCGCCUCAGCCAGCUACUAGAGGGAUACUCCAGGUUUUCCGUCAACGUGUUCCAGCCUCCUUUCCAGUCAGGCAGGACGUCCCCUGAAACCCCCCAGUCCAGGGUCGACCUCCCUCCGAUGCCGGCAGGUUCUCCAGAGGGUCCCGGGUCGGGCGAUGAGGCCGUGGGCGGCAGCAGUACCGCAGGGGGAAGCGAUCCGGAGCUUGAGAGCCCCUCUCAGCCGGCCGAAUCCAAGGCAGAGUACGCUCAGGCCUCGGCAGUCCACUCUGGAGAGCCGGACUCACUCUCCUCCUCCCAGGCGUCCAUCUCCACCACCCGGACUUCUGACUCAGGAUUCUCUGAGCCCAUCUCCUCCACUUCCUGCUGCUCUCUGGACCCUCAUGCUGAAAAGGAGACUUCCUGUGAGAAGGCAGUGCGACCUGAAGCUGCAGUAACGGGGUACCAACACCCCAGUGAGUCAGCGUCAGGCCACGCCAGCCAGUUCUACAUCGCUCUGCUGGACUCCAACAACAAGGAGCAACGGCUGGAUGAGAAGGAGGAUGCUCUGGCUGACCUCCCCGAAGACGCAACGCUGGAGCUGGUCUGGAAAAACAACGAGCGUCUGAAGGAAUAUGUUCUGGUGAGCUCCAAGGAGCUGGAGUACGAGGAGGAUCCCGGAUCUCUGAGUGAGACCGCCAGGGCCGGACACUUCACCCUGGAGCAGUGCCUCAACCUCUUCACCAAGCCAGAGGUCCUGGCACCAGAGGAGGCCUGGUACUGUCCAAAGUGCCAGCAGCACCGCGAAGCCUCCAAGCAACUGUUGCUGUGGCGUUUACCAAACGUUUUGAUCAUCCAGCUGAAACGCUUCUCCUUCAGGAGCUUCAUCUGGAGGGACAAGAUCAACGACAUGGUCGACUUCCCCGUCAGGAAUCUGGAUCUGAGUAAGUUCUGUAUCGGCCAGAAGGACGAGAUGCAGCAGCCUCCGAUCUAUGACCUGUACGCGGUCAUCAACCAUUAUGGGGGGAUGAUCGGAGGCCACUACACCGCCUACGCUCGCCUGCCGAGUGACAAGAACAGCCAGCGCAGUGACGUCGGCUGGCGUCUGUUUGAUGACAGCACGGUGACGAUGGUGGAGGAGAGUCAGGUGGUUACCCGCUACGCCUAUGUCUUGUUCUACCGCCGCCGAAACUCCCCGGUGGAGCGGCCGCCACGCUUCCUCCGACCGGUCGGAGCCGAGUCGCCCACCGCUGCAGGAGCUACUGCCAGCCAGGCCUCUAGCCAGUCGCUCUUCGGCGCCGACCUGGACCCUGAAGGACCCCCAACGCUGACCCCCGAGGUGCCCUCCGACCUCUUCGCCCACUCCGGGGAGUGUGUGGCUCCAUCCUACAGCAACAUGGAGGAGGUGGACUAGCGGGGAAGGGAACGCCGAGAUUCAUCCAUCAGUUGGCACAAAAAAAAAAAAAACAAGAAAGUGCAACGCUUGAAGAUCUGGAGGUGAUCUGCGAGGAUCUUUCACCUGUGAAAGACCUUCAGAUAUACUCUCAUUAACCCCCAUAACAAGCUGCAUACUUGUAGUUUUAUCCACCCACACAGAUGCUAACACACACAUCGUAUAAUCUUCGGCCUCCUAACGGCUCGGUGGCGCCCCCCGCUGGGCGACCCCGCACCGACGCACCUUGUGGUUCGGUUUUCAAGCCGAGAACCUCCAACCGACCAGACCUGUUAAUCUAAAGCUACGUCGACUUAUUAGAGUCUCAACGUGUGUAAAUCUUUUUGUUUAUUUUUAUUUUCAAGGUUGAUUUGUUUGUGGCAGCAUUUUCAGUAACUUGGAUUGGAAAUGUAGCAAAAAAAAAAAAAAAAAGACAGAUUGUGACCGGUGCUGACCUGCUACUUUAUUUUGUUUUUAAUACAGAGGGCACACACUUCGUAUUUUCCCCGUCUUGUCGCUUUAUAAACUUCAUUUGGCUUCCGUUUCUUCAGUUUUUUUUCUCUUUUUUUAUAUAAAUAUAUAUAUACUUGUUUAGAUUUUCAAUCCUGUGGAUGCAAUCGUGGAAAGGCUUCAGUAUAAACUGAAAUGUGCAUGACUGCAUGUUCAUACAGGGUGUAACCGCGGCUCCGCCCCUGUCGCUUCAUCUCUAUUAUUUCUCGUUUUUUUUUGCGUGAGUUUAUUCGGUCUCGCCCCUCCUCUGUAAUGAACUACGUAUGUAAAGUGGGGGAUCAUUAAGAAUGCUGCUGUGGAUACAUAUAAAUGGUUAAUAUAAAUAAAAACAAUUUUGAGAAUUGCU